AUAAUAAUACAAAUUAUUAUAUUAUUACCUUAUUUUAGAGGCAAAAAGUUUAACUAACGCGAUUACAAGGAACAAAUUAUUAUCUUACUGUCAUUAUAUAAUAAAUUUUUUAGGCGAAAAUAAAAGUGCGAAAAGCUGUGGCGCUCAAAAUGCAACAAGUAGCGGGAAAAUAUGGCGGCGGCUACAGUGACGCUCUGUUCCGUGCUUUCCCGCCUUUUUCGAUUUAUCAUGUGUAGAUCAUAGAUGAAUACGUUGAAGUCGGUGUGUCAGUGUGUCGAGUCAAAAUCGUCCGGAAUGCGUUAAGAAACUACUGAGAUAUUAAAUUCUAAGUGCGCGAGGAAUCAAGGAACGUCCGAUUUAAGGUUUAGAACGAAGUAUGGAUCCGAGCGAGGUCGAAUUCCUCGGUGAGAAACAAUUGGUUAGCAUAGUUCCGAACUUCAAUUCCGACGUGAUCUACCUGAUCUCGGGUUCGGUGGGACCGUUUCGCGCUGGUCUACCCGUCAAGGUGCCGAUCUGGCUCGCUGUGUGUCUGAAACAGAAGCAGAAGUGUCGUAUCGUUAGUCAAGAAUGGAUGGACAUCGAGGACUUGAACGAGCGAAAGGAGAUGGAGAAGAUGUCCAAGUUGUUUACAGAGAUGCCAAGUUGUCAUUAUAUGGAUGAGAGUCAAAUCUUGCUAAAUGUGGCAAACGAUGAUAUUCCUGACGCAGAUGGAAUCAGAAUCGCUGUGAAGGACAUAUGGGAUACAAGAAUGUCUAAAUUGCGCACAUCCGUUGAUGCUUUUGUAAAGAGUGAAGGAGUGCAUGCGAGAUUGGAUCAUCUUACUGCUAUGGAGAUCAAUGGUAUACGUCCACUAUUGCCACAUGCGUUAGAUCAAAUGUUACGGAUACAGGCUGCGAAUAUAGGAGAAACAAAUUCUCAGCAAAGUGGAAGUAAUAGUGCAAGUAGUAGUAGUACCUAUUAAUAGUAAUGGUAAUAGUGUGUGUAUAAAUAGUAUGUAAUAUCUAGUUAUUUAUAUUAAUGCUAUUAUGAUAUUAUCAAUAGAGAGAUGAUUAUUUUUAUAAUUUUUAUACAAUUUAAGUGUUUCAAUCAAGAAAUCACAUUUAAUAUUUUAUUUUCUAUAUGUAUGUUAUAAUAUAUAUAAAUCUUAAUAUGUACUUUAGUAUUUGAAUAUUCAAAUGUAUUGGAUCACAUAGUACAGAUAUAGGAAAUAAAGAAGUAUUUAAAAC